AUGUCGGGCCUGUCGUCCAUCGGCGUGUCCACAGCUGUCUCCCCCGGCCCCUCCCCCACAUCGUCCACCGGCUCCAGCGCCCAGAAACCGUACCGCCGCCUGUCUUGGAACAGGGACCAAGGCCAGGCAGGCUCGCACUCGCACUCGACAGACGACCACGGCAUCCCCUCCCCCGUGCCGCCAGAAGCCCGUUCGCGAAGCCAGAGCGGCAACAGCCUCGAGCCGCGACCACCACCGCCAGUACACGCUGCGCACACGCAGCAUUCCCACCACUCGCAACAUUCCCAGCACUCCCAGCAUGGACCGACGACUACGGCCGCCAGCUCGAGCUCGAGCAUCUAUGCGCGCGAACUCAGCUACUCGCCUCCACCACUACCGCCGCAACAGUCGUAUGCACCCCCGUAUGCAGACGAGUACGACCUCGGAUCAUCAGCGUACGACCCCUGGCGUGUGCGGGGGCCGAGUCCUGCGGGACAGAGCAUGGACUCUAUACCACUCGACUACUCGAGCGGAGAUGACGAGAUGGCCGGUGAGCCAGACGACCGGGACCGGUUGACGACUGCAAGGUCGGCUUCGCCUUGGAAUCCAAAUUCACGUUCCAGGCCGGGAACCCUCCCAACCUUCAAAUCCACACACACACGCACACCACACCUCUCACACCUCUCACACCUCUCACACCUCUCACUCCCAGCACCAACGGCCCUACGACGCCGAUGGCAAUGCCAUUUCGCCCCUGCGCAUAACGUCCAUCUCGCGCUCACCGACGUUUCGCAAGAUGAGCAACACGCUCAAGCGCGCGAGCGUGCGUGUCGUCAACCUCAUGGGGUCGGAGCACGACGGCAUGCAGCGCCUCCCCACCCGCGACUCGGACUCGGACUCGCAGGGCGUCCCGACCCUUCCCCGAGCGGGCCAAACACUCCCAUAGACGAACUGCACCCGACGAACAGUAUCAACACGCUGCCAAUCGGCGGUCUCCGCGGCCGCACACUGUGUCUCUUCACCUCGCGCUCCAGAAUACGAAAGGCGCUCGACAAAGUUCUGCUGUACCCGUGGACCGAGCCAGCGAUCCUCGUCCUCAUCAUGGUGUACGCCGUCGUGCUCACGAUACAGAGCGCACCGGCGCUCUUCGAUCCGCGGCCGGGCGACGGCUUCUUCCACACCUGGGAGGACUACGCCCUGUUCGUCCUCUUCAUCGUCUUCACUGUGGAAAUGUUCGCCCGCAUGAUUGUGACCGGCUUCAUUUUCGACCCCGAGACGACCGUGUCGAGUGCGUUCCGGCGCAUGUGGCGAUUCGGCUACAAACGCGCCAAGGCCGAGGAGCGUCUCGACACUGGCCCGGGCAAGCGUAUCCGCGAGCCGUGGCAGCGCUACGUGCCCGACGCAGGCAUCGUGAACGGCAAGUCGUCAAAGCAAAACGACAAGGAUGAGCGGAUCAUUGCCGAGGCGCCGUUCGAAGAGGCCGUCAUCCGCCAGCAGGGGCUCAUCUACCAGGGGCGGCCGUACAUGCGGCACUCGUGGCAUCGUAUUGACAUGGUCGCCAUCAUUGCGUUCUGGAUCUGCUUCAUCCUCGCCGAGCUGCACAAGGAGACGACAGAUACACGGCACAUCUACAUCUUCCGCAUGCUGAGUGUGCUCCGCGCCACGCGCCUGCUGGUCAUCACGAGCGGAACGGCGACCAUCUUGCACUCGCUGAAACGCGCCGGGCCGCUGCUCAUCAACGUCUCGUGGUUCAUUGUAUUCGCGGCGGCCAUCUUCUCGAUCAUAGGAGUUCAGAGUUUCAGAGGCUCGCUGCGGCGCUUCUGCGUCAUGGACCCGACGAACAGCACAGGCAACUAUGCCCAGCUCGGCAAUUGUGGCGGAUACUGGGAGAACGAGAAUGGCGGGUACACCAAGGUGUCGUACCUAACGCUCGAUGGGCGGAACGUCGACAUCGAGCGAAAGGGUUACAUCUGCCCCAUCAACCAGAUCUGCCAGACGGAAGACAAGAGCCAGGAGGACGACAAUGUCUCGUUUGACAACAUCUUCAAGUCGCUCGUGCAGGUGCUCGUGAUCGCGGGCGUCAACACGUGGACGGGCACGAUGUACUGGAUCAUGGACGCGGAAUUCUUCGCGUCGUCGCUCUUCUUCAUCGCCGCUAUCAUUGUGCUCAACUUUUGGCUCAUGAACUUGCUCGUUGCCGUUGUCGUCAACACGUUUCAGGACAUUCGCGCGGACACGAAGCGCUCCGCCUUCGGCGCCGACCACUCGCUGUUGAACCAGCCCGAGUGGUCGACAGCAACCAAGAAGAAGCAGGAACCUUCCCGCCUACUCAAGAUUUAUCAGAAAUCGGAGCUGUUCUGGGUCCUCCUCAUUGUCGUCGAUCUGAUCGCGCAGGGUUGCAAGUCUGCGGCCAUGAGCGAAUGGCGCGCCCAGCUCCUAUCCGACAUGGAGCUUGGGUUCACGUUUGUGUGGCUGUUCGAGAUCGGUCUGCGGUUUGUGGCCUACUUGCCAUCCUGGGGCGCCUUCUUCUUCAACGCGCGCAACGACUUUGACCUCUUCCUCGCGAUCGGGUGCGCGAUCAUCCAGAUCCCGCCCAUCCGGCACUCGACCGUCUAUCCCUGGCUCACCGUUUUCCAGCUCCUCAGGUGGUACCGCGUCAUCAUGGUGAUUCCGCGCAUGCGGCCCCUCGUCACCAACGUGUUUGGUUCCUUUGCCGGUCUCCUGAACAUGACCUUUUUCCUGUUCCUCAUGAACUUUGUGGCGGCGCUCAUGGCCGUCCAGCUGCUGAGGGGAGAUAUGGACGACGACGAGCUCAUCAACUUUUCCCAGGUCUACAACUCGUUCCUCGGCAUGUACCAGAUCUUCUCGACUGAGAACUGGACGACCGUGCUGUACAAUGCCAUGUCGGCCGAGUGGCAGUUUGGCCAGGGCUGGAUUGUGUGCAUCUUCCUCUUCAUCUGGUUCCUGUUCGCCAACUUCAUUCUUAUGCAGAUGUUCAUCGCGGUGAUCAACGAGAUUGAGGCGUUCAUCAAGAAGGCAGAGCCGCAGUCGACCCACGUGUCCCGCAUCGAGCGCCUGAACCCGUAUCGUCUGUUCCGAGCGCGGCACGAGGCCGUCAAGGUCGCCGAGCUCCCGCCACACCUGAUCCUGCCGCUGAAGCAGAACGUGGGUGCCGACGUGGGGCCUGGCCCCGAGGAUCAGGAGAAGCAGACGUCGAAGCAGAGCGUCGAGCGCCUCCUGGGACUGAACAAGAAGGACCACGCCGUCAUGAUGCCGCUGCGCAAGCUGCGGGGUAAGAAGGCGAAGAAGGACGACGCGAGCGCACACCGCCGCACCAAGUCGUACUCUGACGGAGACACCACGGAUGAGGACGACGACGACGACCGCGGCCUGUCCGAACUGCUUCCGCCUAUCAACCCUGGCACCACCGCCGACGAGCACAAGGACACGCUCCGCGAGAAGCGCAACCUGCAAGCGGAUUUCAUCGCGGCACACCCCUCCUUUGAUCGCUCGCUGUGGAUCUUCUCACAGGGCAACCCUAUUCGCAAGCUAUGCCAGUGGAUCACGCCCCCGGCGUAUGGACAGCGCAUCUUUGGUCAAGCCGAGAAGCCAACGUGGAAUUUUGUGUUCCGCUUUGUCGUGUUUGGCGCCGUCGUCGCGUCCAUUGUCGUCGCCGCCAUCGCGACACCGCAGUACCGCAAGUCCUACUAUGAGCGGCACGGGCUUGUGCGCAGCUCCUGGUUCGACAUCACCGAGGAGUCGCUGGCGGUCGUGUUCAUCGCCGAGUUCCUCGUCAAGGUCAUCGCGGACGGCUUCAUCUUUGCCCCCAACGCGUACCUCCUGAGUAUCUGGAACGUGGUCGACUUCUUCCUCCUCGUCUGCAUUGUCAUUAACAGUGUCAGUGGAGUCAUCACCAUUUCGGGGUGGAGCCGGCCGACGCGCGCCUUCAAGGCGAUGCGGGCCCUGCGGCUGAUCACGCUCUUCUCGCGCCUGCGCGACACCUUCUUCGCCGUGUUCCUCGCCGGCUUCAUCCGUAUCCUCGACGCGAGCGUGCUCAUGGUGCUCUACCUCAUUCCGUUCGCCGUGUGGGGCCUCAACAUCUUCAUGAAGCGGCUGUCCGGCUGCAACGACACGACGGGCGACGUCGGGUGGCGCUACCAGUGUACGGGCGAGUAUGAGCAGAACACGGUCGGCGAGCUCAACUUUCUCGCGCCGCGCGUGUGGGCGAACCCGUCCUUUGGCGGGAGUAUCUGGGCGUUUGACGACUUUAGACAGUCGGUGCUCAUUCUGUUUGAGAUUGUCUCGCUCGAGGGCUGGACAGACGUCAUGGCGUCCGUCAUGGCAAUCGUCGGUAUCGACCAGCAGCCGCAGACAAACCAUUCGCAAUGGAACGCCAUCUUCUUCGUCAUCUUCAACCUCCUCGGCGGUAUCGUCAUCCUGACCGUGUUCCUGUCCAUCAUCAUUUUGAACUUUUCCGCGCGCAGCGGCACAGCCCUCCUGACGACGGAGCAGAAGCAGUGGGUCGACCUGGCGAAUUUCAUCCGCCAACAGUCGCCCUCUCAGCUGCCGAAACACAAGCCGUCAAACCGGAUCCGGCGCUGGUGCUACGACCGCGCGACCCAGAAGCGCGGAUACUGGACGCGGUUCUACACAUUCAUCUACUUUGUGCAUAUUGGCCUGCUCAUGACGCAGGACUGGAGCGAGAACAUCAUGAACGAGAUCCAGUUUGACAUUGUCUUCCUCGCCCUGACAGUCAUCUACGCGAUCGACCUCAUUGUGCGCUUCAUCGGUCUCGGGUGGAAGAGUUGGCGGAGCAACGGGUGGAACUGGUUCGACUUCAUCACCAUUGUCGGCUCGUUUGUGACGACCAUCCCCGCGCUGCAGGACCAGGCUACCGACCUGAACUCGAGCAAUGCGACGCGGCAGGUGCAAAAGCUGUUCCUGGUCGCAAUCUCGCUGAAGCUCGUGCAGCGCCUCGACUCGCUGAACCAGCUGUUCAAGACGUCCGUCGCGUCCCUCCCCGCCAUCGGCAACCUGUUCCUCCUCUGGGCCGUCUUCUUUAUCUUCAUGGCCAUUGUCAUGAUUGAGAUCUUUGGCGUGACCAAGGUCGGCGUCAAUGCCGAGUCGCGGUUCCAGAACUACCACUCGUUUGGCAACGCCCUCCUCAUGCUCGCGUUCAUGUCCACGGGCGAGGGAUGGAACGCGCACAUGCACGACUAUGACAACUACCUGUACUCGGACUGCGGGUCCGUCGGCUGGGCGUACAUCUUCUUGAACAUGUUCACUGGAUCGUUUAAGAAGGCGUGGGCCGAGGUCGACACGGCGCGCACGGGCUACAUCAAGCGGAAGGACUUUGCCAAGUUCUUCUCCAAGCUCGAGGGAGUCUUUGAAGUGCGCAUGUACGACCCGGCGUUCAGUGUGCCGAAUCUUCUGCGCGAGGCGGCACCCGACCCAGAGCGCUACAACGACAAGUCGCGGAUCAUUGACUGCGGGGAUCGGCUCGUCGACCUGUCCAAGCUGCGUUACGAAAUGUCGACGGUGGACUUCCAGAAAGUCCGCGCCCGGCGCAGACAGUACGUGCGCCUCUGGACCGAGGCGCGGAUGAGCGAGGAGCCCGGGCGCGGCAUCAGUUUCACACAGAUGCUCCUGAUGCUGGCGCACUACAAGCUGAUCAACGACGAGGCCGCGCUGCGCGUCGACGAGCUGCUGGUGCGCCGCGCCAAGCUGGAGCGGGUGCACGACCUCGUCUCGCUCGACCGCGUGCGCGGGUUAAUCCGCACAAUCUACUGGCGCCGCCGCUUCGUCGCGCACCAGGAGGAGCGGCGGGCCAAGCAGCGCGAGGCAGAACAGCGGCUCAGCCACCAGAUCCCCGCCAUCUACGUCGACACGGACACAGGCUCGAACCCAGUGUAUGCGCGGGACCCGCUCGGCGUGCUCCCCGAGUCGCCGACCGAGUCGGAGCAUUCACAGAGCAAUUCCGCAUCGCACAGUCCGAGUGCGGAUGUUUCCUUUGGAUCCACCGGAGGAUCCACGGGAUCAGCCCACGGACACCAGCACUCGCUGUCCCACUCGCAGGCGUGGGACGACUCGCUCCGCCCCCUCUCCACCGGCACGCUGGGCGGGAUCUCGCGCAGCGGUACCAUCGCGUCGAGACAUAGCCAUAGCGCCUCGGUCGCGAGCACGGCACAGAGCGAGAGCGAGGACCACAGCGACGUCCUCGACUCGAUGGCCGCGAGCGUGUGGGGCGACCUCAUGCGCGAGGCGGUCGAUGAGGAGGAUGAGUGA